UAAAUGAACUCCAUUUACUUGCACUGAUCCGCUGAAAUGCAGUUUUUGGUGGACUAUUCCGUUGAAGAAAUAUAUCCUCGGUGCUUCCUGGAUUUUAUAUAGUUCUAAUGGAUAUCCAGCUGUUGUUGAUGCGCAUGUAUACGGACUAUUCGAAUUCCUCCUCUGUGAUAUUUCCAAUCAUCGUUUAGUGAAAAUGAUGUUCUCCAAUAUCGAUGCUUCUUCUGUCCUUGUUAUAUCUAUCCUUACAGUCUGUACGUCUCUGGCUUAUCGUAUAAUUUACAAUUUAUACUUUCAUCCUUUAGCAAAAUUUGGUGGACCAUGGUACACAGCUUGUUUUUCACUUCCUCUGGCAAUUAUCUCGCUGUUUCGAUAUGAGAUCCAAUGGCAGCGUAGCGUCAUGGAAAAGUACGGAAGUAUGUGAAAACUCCUUGUUGAUAAUGCUAAUGUCUGAAAUUUGAUCUAACAGUUCUUAGGAGAUGCACCAAUUCGUAUUGCACCUGAGAUGCUCCUCUUUCCAAGGCCAUCCGCACUGAAGGAAAUAUACUGGGACCGAAGUCUCAACAACAAAUCUACAUUCUAUUACACUGGUCUCUUUGGCCCACCACAGUUGUUUACUACCCUUUCUGGUUCAGAUCAUGCACCUUUGAGAAAAGCACUAGGAGCUGCACCAGUAAGUUUUAUGUCUAUCGUUGACGAGAGCAUAUCUUCGUCUGUGUUACAGCAACUCCUUCAAAAGCUAUCAACUAGCUGACUUGAAAAUUUUAGUGGGCAAUUGGAGAUAUAAGGAAAGAUUGGGAAGAUAAAAUGAAUGAGCAAAUAAUCCUUUUCACUAAAGUUAUGACAGAAAAGGCAAAGGCUGGCGAAUCCGUCAAUCUCGGUGAUAAAGUAGCGUAAGUCACUUGCCCCUCACAUACCCAAAGUAUUAGCUCAACUUGUGCAGGCAAUUCUCAGCCGAGAUCAUGACGAUAUUCUUAUUCAAUCAACCAUGGGGAUUUGUGAAAAAUAGUCGAGAUGAACGAGCCUUGCUUCAAAACUGGAGAAAAGGUCUUGAUUUCCUCGGCUUCAUAGCAAGGUUCACCUUCUUCCGGAAACAUAUCCUCAAUAUUCCAGGAAUAGGCGCAUUGGUAUUACCCAAACCUGACAACAAAAGUGGUAUGGGAUACUUGAUUUUUGAAGCAGACCGUGCUAUCACAGAGCGAGAACACGAAAUAUCACAAGGUGUAAAUCCAGAGGAGCCGGACUUUCUACAGCAGUAAGUAUUCUCACCCACCCAAAGGUUGGAGUAAUUAGCACUAAAAGUGCUUUAGUAUCCUCGAGGCAAGAGUCGGCGGCGAACCACUUACACCCAUUCAAAAACGCUCCAAUGUUACCCUCCUCAUUCAAGCCGGAGCUGACACAACAGCCACAACCCUCGGUGUCAUACUUCGUUUCAUAGCCACAACUCCGGGCUGUUUCGCCAAAGCCUUGAAUGAAAUUCGCGAAGCCGAGGACAAAAACCUUCUUUCAACACCAAUUAAAGAUGAGGAAACGCGUACUCAUCUUCCAUAUCUAGUCAGUGUUGUGAAAGAAUCCAUGCGUCUACAACCUAGCGUGGCACUUUGGCUUCCGAGAAUCGUACCACCGGAGGGAAAAAUCAUUGAUGGGUUUUUUGUACCAGGGGGGAUGGAUGUCACUAGUUAUAGUAUGGCUGUUCAAACUGAUCCUGUUUUAUUGUGAGUAUUUGUUAUGGGUGGAGCUUUUUCUUUCUCUUUCUCUUUCUCUUUCUCUUUCUCUUUCUCUUUCUCUUUCUCUUUCUCUUUCUCUUUGUCACACUUUUCUCGUCUGAGUUUUUAUCAUAGUUAAAUGGUGAAUGAUCGAUCAUAGUUAACACAAAACAGCGCACCAGACCCAUAUGUAUUCAGACCAGAACGAUGGAUGGAAGAAGACAAAGCUGCAGAAUUAGAACAUGGUAUGUUUCUUUUUGGAGUAGGUCCAAGAGUUUGUCUAGGAAAAGAUAUUGCUUGGGUGGAAAUUUACAAGUUGAUUCCUGAGGUUAGUGGUUUUUCCUUUCUUUUCUUUUCUGGCUUGGCUAUGCUUUGUUUUACAUCGACCGAUGGUUUUGGUUAUUUUUCUACCUAUCUAUAACAGUCCAUACCAUGUCUAGUAUGCAGGCGAUAUCGAAGGAGAGAAGUAAGAGAUACAAGUACACAUAAAAAAUUCAAACAACAGCAACAACAACAACAACAGCGUUAAUCAAGAAACAUGGGUAUAGAGACCUAGUGAUACAUAUACUAACACGCGACGGACGACAGAUAAUCCGUAAUUUCGAUAUCGAAGUUCUGAACAAGGGAAAAUAUGUUUGUGCAGGUGGUUUAAGUUAUAAUGAGGAUUUUGUAGUGAAAUUACAUCCGCGAGGUGUGGCUUGAUGGGUGGUUGGGUGGUUGGUUGGUUUCUGUGUGUGGGGCGAAGGGGGGGGAUUAAGAGGGGAUUGAUAGGAUGGGAAGGUAUUGGAAGAAGAAGCGGAUAGGGAAGACGGUUUGGGAUGAAUGGAUAUAGGUUGUUUGUUUGGUAUACUUACUUGGUGUAUAUACAUACAUACAUAAAUGGAGAGAUGGUUGAAUGGAUGAAGAGAUGAAUGA